AGAAGUGAAGCCAUGAACCCUGAGAAGAUGGAAGGAGACGGCGAGAAGUCGACGGCCUCUGGGUCCGGUGAGCAGCGGGCUUCGGGAGGCAGUCCCGGCGACGAAGAGCAGCAGCGAGCAGGACCUGACCCAAAGGAGGGAGAAACGUCGGGAUCUCGUCCCAGAGAGCCACCAGAAGUCCCUACUGGUGGUCAGGCAGCAGCAAAAGUAGAAGCAGAACCGGCCACCUUUACACCAUCGCUCUCGCCUCUUGGAAAGUUACAGCCCAGUCUCAAGCUGUUUGUGAAGGAGUUGAACGCGCACAUUUAUGAUGUCAUCAGGAUAAGCAAUGAAUUCCUCUCGAUCACCGAGGUCAGCAACCGCCAUAGCACACCAAGGGUAAGCUCCCAGGAGAGUCCGCAGGAGAACUCAGCAAGUCCGGGAGCUAACGAGGCCAGCAGCCCAGCAGGCUCGUCCGGCGAGAGGAAGGGAUUUUUCGAGAGGCUGCUGCAGGCGGCGAAGAUAUUCAACGCCGAUCCUUCAUCCUGCGAGAGCAGCCAGACCAGCCUCGAGUUCGACAAGCUCCUGAGCCACACGAACGACAUGGGACUCUUGCUCGAUUUUAUGUCUUAUGGAAAGAGCGACGAGGACGUAAGCGGAGAAGGGUCCAUGAAGCAAGAGGGCGAGCAGACGGAAGCUCUCCUGGACAGGCAGCUAAAGGAGACGUUGGAGAUUUUCAAGAUUUUUAUUGAAAAGGCGCAGGAAGCGCUGCAAGACGUCAACGAAAGACUGAACAAGCCUUAAAAGAUGAACUUCAUGGAUCUCUGUCUCCCCCCUUUUUUCUCUCUCCUAUCCUAGUGUUUUUCUCUUGGUUCUUUAUUUUCUUUAAUCCCCUGCAAUGAUCUUUGGAUUUCUUUCGCAAUUACUACGGGAAAUUUGCUACAUUCAGGAAGAUGCGCAAGGUCGUAUUAAUUCUAUGUGCUUUCCCUUUCAUUAUUGUGAAAGAAAUAGACAUUGGUUAUGUAUCUUUAUUAGUACGUCUACUCAGUUGCACAUCUUUUUAUUUCAUUUAUCAGGAUUCUGUACUUUAUAUGUAAGAAUGUUAUAAUGUAACUUGAUGUUACUGAAGGGAAUUC